UACCUGCGGGGCGGAGCCUCAGUAUACCUGCCCACAGCAAAGUUCAUUUCCAGAUGGCCACAGAAGACUCUUCAUCUGCCUCCGCUCAUGUUUCUCCUUCUACACCUCUAAAAUCUGCUCUGAAGAGAGCGACUGCAGACCAGGAACAGUUAAACAACAAUGUUUAUGAUUCUGGCCUGAGCUUUAAGACGUGCUUCUGUUCUCGGCCGGACAUUGACGCUAUGAAGAAUGACCCGGAUGCACAUGAUGAUACGAUACUUCAUGAGAUUGAGGAGUGGGAGGAGCAACAGCUUGAUGAGCAGGUGAACUUCAACAGCUGCCAGAUUGACCCCGCCCCCUUCCAGCUGGUGGAGCGAACAACACUGCACAAGACUCACAGCAUGUUCUCUGUGUUGAAUCUGGACUCUGCGUUCGUCACCAGUGUGGGUCGAUUAGUGGGAGUGGUUUCCCUGAAGGAGUUGUGUGACGCCAUCACGAACUCCAUGCCGCAGGACGGUGUGUGUCUUUCUCCAAUUCUGUCCGGUUUCAGAGAGCGAGGCUCUGCAGGAUGGAGACCUGAGGUGUGUGAGCUGCACAAACUGCUGGACCACCAGGACUGCUGAAACACACACACAACCACCACAGCCAGUGUGUGUGUGUGUUAUUCAUGAUUAACUGUGUGUAAAAAUAAUUAAUGUCUGUGAAAAUGGGUUUGUUUCUGUAAUGGCCACACACAAAAUCUCAACCUGUGUGUGCGCGCAUGUGCGUGCGUGCGUGUGUGUUAUUUAUGAUUAACUGGGUGUAAAAAUAAUCAAUGUGUCUGUGAAAAUGUGCAAUGGACACAGAAAGACACACGCAACCUCAACUAAUGUGUGUGUGUGUUACUCGUGACUAGCUGUGUGUUAAAAUAAUCAGUCUUUUAAAAAAUGUGUGUGUUUCUGUGAUGGACUAAACAGUUUCUUGUCUAAGACUC